UUUAGAACUUAUUUUAAUGGACCAUUUACAAGCAUUAAUUGAUCCAAGCAAACAAUUCGCUAAAGAUUCAAUUCGAUUGGUAAAAAGGUGCACAAAACCAGAUCGAAAAGAAUAUCAAAAAAUUGCAGUAGCGACAGCAGUUGGUUUUGCUAUAAUGGGUUUUAUCGGUUUCUUCGUCAAGCUGAUCCAUAUUCCAAUUAAUAAUAUCAUCGUUGGUGGAUAAUAUAAAUUCCAUGUUACUUAGGUUUUUAUUCACAAACGAUGUGAUAAUGAUAUGAUGUGAUGUAUGUGGUCAGUAUGAUAUUCCAUGCGAGUGC